GCACAAAGUAUUUUUGUCUCCCUACUGGGCAUUUAUGAACUCCCUACAUACAGCAUGGAAAUUCUUAAUGGUAAACUGUUGAGUUGUUUGGCAUUUGUUAAUACGAGUGUACUUCCUGGUAGCUACGGGGUCUCACGUAUUGCUUCACACUGUUUGCUAUGUCGGUUAACACCACUUUGUAACCGGAAGGAUUGAACUGACAUUUCUUUACACGGUAGGUCAGCUUGUACCCAGCCCAUGCAAACAUUAAGCCGUGGGAGAUCAGCAGAGGACACAUGAAUGUCAGCUCUAGCUUGUCUGCUCCUAUAUCC